AUGGCCUACCUCAAGGCGUUCUACGCCGGCGCCGGGGAGACUGCUUCAACGGAUCGAGGGGGCGAAACAGGUGACGUCAGAGGGGGCGUCGGAGAGGGCGGCGUUGGAGAGGGCGGCACGAACGAGGGGGAAGCGGCAGCGCGCGUUUUUGGUCAGGGGGUUGCGGCGCGCGCGAGGGCGCAACAGAUGGCAGCCGGUGUGAGGCCGGAAGUCCAAGGUGGGAGGUUCAGGUUCGCACGAAGUGGAGGGUUUGGUGGGGAGGCUCGAUCGGAGGGACGGAACGGGGGCGGUAAACGGCCUGAGGAAGUGAACCGAGCGGGAGAACCAUCCACUUCGGGGCGGGGAGAAGUUGAAAGAGGAGCACGGACAGGGCAGCGUCGGCCGGAGAACAGAACGGAGGAAAGCGGUAGACAGCGGGCUGAAGCAACGGAGCCGGUCACUGAUGGCGAAGGCGAAAGAAACGAAGAGGAUCCAGGCCGAAUUUAUCGAGAAGGGGGCUAUCCGUGGCCCCAGACGCUGACGGGCGUGCCGGCGAGCCACGCAUGCCAAGUCUGCAAGAGCGCCGGCAACCCCAGCAAGAUGCUGCUCUGCGACUACUGCUUGGCGUGUGGCUAUGCCCAAGGUGCCGAGAAGCGGAGGCGCAGCAGGUGUGACUCGCUUUGGCCGCGGGAACCGCAGUGGCAGCGAGUGGGGGGGAAAUGGAUAGGCCCGGUCGAAUAG